AUGAGUGGUUAUCAGCCACUUGUGAUCCUUGCGGCAGAAGCAGCUCGAUUCCCGUUAGAAAACUUCUCCAAAUGGACGAUGCACAACCAGACAGAUGUACAAAUUCCACAACUAAAUGUUGAUCACACUCAAGCACUUUUGGCACCUCCGGCCGUUUUACCGCAAGAACCUCAACAGGAACAGGCUGUGACAGCUCCUCCAGUGGUGAACCAACCAGCUCCAGCUCCACAACAAGCUACAGGGUUUGAG